UGCAGGACGUGCAGGGCGACGGACGCUGGAUGUCCCUGGUGAGCGACCCGGCCUACGUACUCAGGAGUCCGGAAGGGGCCUCGGGAGAGCAGCUGUUUGGCGCCUCUCUCACCAUCGCUUCGUGGCCGACAGCAAAGAUAAGGAACCCGAAGUCGUCUUUAUCGGGGACUCGUUGGUCCAGCUAAUGCACCAGUGCGAGAUCUGGCGGGAACUCUUUUCUCCUCUGCACGCACUUAACUUCGGCAUUGGCAGUGAUAGCACGCAACAUGUGCUUUGGCGGCUGGAGAAUGGGGAGCUGGAACACAUCCGACCCAAGAUUGUGGUGGUCUGGGUGGGUACCAACAACCAUGGGCACACAGCAGAGCAAGUGACUGGUGGCAUCAAGGCCAUUGUGGACCUGGUGAACCAGCGGCAGCCCCAGGCCCGCGUCGUGGUGCUGGGCCUGCUUCCGAGGGGCCAGCACCCUAACCCACUUCGUCAGAAAAACCGACAGGUGAACGAGCUGGUCCGAGCAGCACUGGCUGGCCACCCACGAGCCCACUUCCUGGAUGCCGACCCCGGCUUUGUGCACUCAGACGGUACCAUAAGUCACCAUGACAUGUACGAUUACCUGCACCUGAGCCGCCUGGGCUACACACCUGUCUGUCGAGCCCUGCACUCCCUGCUUCUGCAUCUGCUGGCCCAAGAUCAGGGCCAGGGGGUCCCCCUGCCAGAGGCCACACCCUAAGCAUUCUCCCUCUCCAACAUUAAAUUUUCGUUCCUCAGU